AUGUUCGGAGGACCACCACCACCACCAUCGGCAGCCGAGCUUAAGGCUCAAGAAGAUGAAGCUUCCCUCACCGUGCAACGAGUCAUUACAUGGUCUAUUCUUCUUUAUCUUUCACCUUUCGCCGUCAAGAGCAUUCAAAACCUCAUCUAG